AUGGAGUACACUUUGGAACAAUUAAACUAUUUCAGAGCAUGUUACAUCGCCUUCAACUUAGUUCCCCAAGGGCUUCGAAAAGUCUUCAAACGAGAGUGGGAUUUCCUUUACAAGACAACGCCGUUUGGGGAAUGGAAAGAUAUUUCACAAAAUGGCCGCGAUUUCUACAACAAAGAAUCACGAAAGAGUCACACAAAGAAUGCGCGACUUUUGGCGACAAUACAAAGGGGAAACACAGCGGAGUGGGAUUGCAGUUGCCUAUUUCUUGCUAUUUUGUACUCGGAUUGCAUUGGCAGUACUCUUAGUCCCGCAGUCAGAAAAGAAGUUGACGAUCUCAGACAAGUUCGAAAUGAUAUCGCUCACUUGAACGAGGUUGAACUUACUGAUGCUGAAUUCCAUAAUUAUGUAGCAAGAGUGUUAGCUGCUUUUAAUUCACUGAAGCUUCCUAUAAAUGAAGUUGAUGAUAUAAAAAACCAGACAGACUUUCCAACAGCUCGAGUAAACAGCCUUAAAAUGCAGGCUGAUAAUCUUAAAGCUGAGUUGAAAACCAAAGAACAAGAAAACAAAAAUCUUACCUCGGAAUUACAAUUGACCCAAGCCACAUUACAAACAAAACAGGAAGAAGUAGAAACACUUACUCAGGAAAUCAAUUCCAAAGUCGACUCUUUCUGUACUCUGACAUUCAAGCCAUCACAUAAAAUCAUCAAACGAUCAAGUGAUGUCAAAAGAAUCACGAAAAAACUGGACGAGCUUUACAACGAAAGUAAUGGAGCUAUCAGCACCAUUUAUCUAUCAGGAAUACCAGGCUGCGGAAAAAGCCAAUUAGCUCGACAACUGGGACAGGACAUUUUCGAUAGGAGGUUGCAUGAGAACGACAGUCUCACGUUUGUUGCAACCCUAAAUACAGAAACCCUGGAUUCACUUGCAGAGUCCUAUUCAAGGCUGGCAAGACAUUUGGGAAUAACAGAAUACACUCUCACCAACCUCGAGACUUCUACAAAGGGGAACCCAAAAGAAAAAAUACAGUAUCUGAAGCGAGCCAUUUAUCCAAAGACGAAGCAUUUCUCCAACUGGUUGAUAAUUGCAGAUAAUGUUGUUGACCUAUCAUUGGUUAGUAGAGACCUACCUCCGACCGGCAGUGAAGAGUGGGGCCAUGGUCAGGUGCUAAUAACUACUCAAGAUAGCAGCUCAAUACCUUCCAAUGCUCCACUUACUUACCAUGAGUCUAUUAGCAAAGGAAUGCAUCCCGAUGACGCAGUGAACCUAUUACGACAAGUAUCUCAGAUUCAGGAUCAGAACCAAGCCGAAAAGGUCGCUGAAGUUCUCGAGUAUCAGCCACUUGCUUUAGCAGCGGCUGCCUUUUAUGUACAAACUGUUGUGGUCAGUGGUUCUCCGAAUUACAGUUGGAAAAACUACUUAGAGGCACUUUCCCACGGCGAACGUGAAGCGACAGAAACACUUCUUGCAAACCAGAACAUAGCGUAUUCCGAAACAUCAACUACUGCCAUCCAAAUGGCAAUUAUGAGAGCUUUAGAAAGUGAUGACGUUCUUCGAGAAGUAUUGUAUUUGUUUUCUCUUUGUGCACCUGAGUCCCUUCCGAUGGAAGUCGCUGUUGACUUCGUUAAAUCUCGUAUCGCUGGGCAAUCAGGAGAAUUGAUAAAAACUAAAUUUUUCAAAGCUUCCUUAUUGUCUUGGUUGCAAGACAAAGACAGCAAAUAUCCUUUUUUAAGGAUGCACACCAUCGUUCAUGAAGUUCUCAAGGUAGUUAUAACAUCUAAAAUUGAUGCAACAGAUAGAAUUCAGUGCAUUUCGAUUGUUAUUCAAAUCUUUCAAUCUUUAAUGGAAAAAAACAGAAAUCUGUUGCAUUCAAGUAGGCAUGUGUUUGCUAAGUUACGUUUAAUUGCGAGUCAUUGUAAAGAAUUGCAUGUAAUUGUUAACAUCGAUUUUACGAAAUCAAAAAUGUUUCUGAAUUCAAUCAACCCCCGAAAGUUAGUUUCGUGGCUUUCCUUAGCCGCUGAUGUUUGCUGUAGCCUUAGUAAUCUGUCGGAUGCGUAUCUUUUUAAUACGUCAAUCUGUAAUUUUAUGCAUUUUCUUAACAAUUUCAAAGACGACAAAUUGUUAAAAGCGAACACGUACAACAUACAAGGAAAUGUUUACAGAAACCUUGGCCAGUACAGUGAAGCUAAAGAAUACCAUGAGAAGGCUCUGAUCAUAAGAAAAGAGAUUUUCGGUGAACACCAUGCUAAGGUAGCAGAAAGUUACAAUAACCUGGGAACUGUUUACGGUGACCUUGGCCAGUACAGUGAGGCGAGAGAAAAUUAUGAGAAGGCUCUGAUCAUUAUAAAAAAGAUGUACGGUGAACACCAUGGCAACGUAGCUGCAAUCUACAACAACCUGGGAACUGUUUACACUGACCUUGGCCAGUACAGAGAGGCUAAAGAAAACCAUGAGAAGGCUUUGAUCAUUAGAGAAGAGAUUUACGGUGAACACCAUGGCGACGUAGCUGCAAGUUACAACAACCUGGGAACUGUUAACAGUGACCUUGGCCAGUACAGUGAAGCAAAAGGAAACCAUGAGAAGGCUCUGAUCAUUAGAAAAGAGAUUUACGGUGAACACCAUGGUGACAUAGCAACAAGCUACAAUAACCUGGGAAUUGUUUACUCUGGCCUUGACCAGUACAGUGAAGCUAAAGAAAACCAUGAGAAGGCUCUGAUCAUAAGAAAAGAGAUUUUCGGUGAAUACCAUGGUGACGUAGCAACAAGCUACGACAACCUGGGAACUGUUUACAGUGACCUUGGCCAGUACAGUGAAGCUAAAGAAAACCAUGAGAAGGGUCUGAUUAUAAGAAAAGAGGUUUACGGUGAACACCAUCGUAAGGUAGCAGGAAGCUACAAUAACCUGGGAACUGUUUACAGUGACCUUGGCCAGUACAAUGAAGCUAAAGAAAACCAUGAGAAGGCUCUAAUCAUUAGAAAAGAGAUUUACGGUGAACACCAUGGUGACGUAGCAACAAGCUACGACAACCUGGGAACUGUUUACAGUCAACUUGGCCAGUACAGUAAAGCUGAAGAAUACUGUGAGAAGGCUCUGAUCAUAAGAAAAGAGAUUUACGGUGAACACAAUGGUGUAGUAGCAAGAAGCUACAAUAACCUGGGAAUUGUUUACAAGUUUCUUGGCAAGUACAGUGAAGCUAAAGAAAACCAUGAGAAGGCUCUGAUGAUUGGAAAAGAGAUGUACGGUGAACACCAUGGUGACGUAGCAGCAAGCUACAACAACCUGGGAACUGUUUACAGUCACCUUGGCCAGUACAGUAAAGCUAAAGAAUACUAUGAGAAGGCUCUGAUCAUUAGAAAAGAGAUUUACGGUGAACACCAUGGUGUGGUAGCAGGAAGCUACAAUAACCUGGGAACUGUUUACAGUGACCUUAGCCAGUACAGUGAAGCUAAAGAAUACUAUGAGAAGGCUCUCAUCAUUACAAAGGAGAUUUACGGUGAACACCAUGGUGACAUAGCAACAAGCUACAAUAACCUUGGAAUUGUUUACAAAAACCUUGGCCAGUACAGUGAAGCUAAAGAAUACUAUGAGAAGGCUCUCAUCAUUAGAAAAGAGAUUUACGGUGAACACCAUGGUGACGUAGCAGCAAGCUACAAUAACCUGGGAAAUGUUUACAAAAACCUUGGCCAGUACAGUGAAGCUAAAGAAUACUAUGAGAAGGCUCUGAUUAUUGGAAAAGAGAUUUAUCGAGAUUUACGCUAAGCUAAGCUAAGCUAAGCUAAGCUAAAGAAAACCAUGAGAAGGCUCUGAUCAUUAGAAAAGAGAUUUACGGUGAACACCAUGGUAGGGUAGCAGCAAGUUACAACAAUCUAUAG